AUGGGAAUCAUCAGGAGAGUCGUGCACAAUGAUGCCAUCAAACUGGACCCUCCUGAGGUGUACAACUGGAGAGUCUUUGCAUUGGCCGCCGCAGCAUGCUUUGGAGGAACACUCUUCGGCAUGGAUAUCGGUAUCAUUGGUGGCGUGUUGACACUUCCUGAUUUCAAAAAGGAAUAUGGCCUUGAUGGUCUGAGCAAGGUCGCAGCCUCUAACCUGUCGUCCAAUCUCGUGAGCGUCAUGCAAGCCGGAGCUAUUGUCGGAAGUUUGGCUGCAAUGCCUAUUGGAGACUGGAUUGGUCGCAAACGCGCCAUUCUGAUUGUCGCUGUAUUCGCAUUCAUUGGUGGUCUUCUACAAGCAUUCUCUUUCGGCAGCUUGGUUUGUUUCUACAUUGGAAGAUUUGUGGAAGGCCUCGGUCUGGGCGGUGCAACCAUGCUUGCCCCAACAUACGUGGCUGAGAAUGCCCCUCGCGGCAUUAGAGGCCUCUUGGUCGGUUUCUACCAACUCUUUGAGACGAUGGGAGCGAUGGUGGCAUUCUUCAUCAACUACGGUUCCUUGCUCCACCUGAAGGGACACGCAACCUGGAUAGUGCCUUUGUCGAUGCAGUCUCUUCCACCUCUGUUGCUGUUCCUUUCCAUUAUGUUCUGUCCAGAAAGUCCUCGCUGGCUUGCUUCCCAAGACAACUGGGAUAAGGCUUCCAGUAACCUCUCCACAGUUCGCCAGUUACCGACUUCGCAUCCCUAUAUUCAAGCAGAGCUGUUGGAAAUGAAGACUCAAUUGGACGCCGAACGAGGGCGUGCUGGUGGGAACAGCUAUCUGGCAUUGACCAAGGAGGCAUGGACUAUCCCCGGCAACCGACGCCGUGCUAUUAUGGUUAUUGCCCUCAUGACUGCGCAGCAGAUGACUGGCACAAAUGCCAUUAACUACUACGCCCCAACAAUCUUCACUGACUUGGGUGUGACCGGAAACGCGCAAAGUCUGUUUGCCACGGGAGUCUACGGUAUCGUCAAGAUGUGUUCAUGCGCCAUCUUCAUCACCUUCCUCGCCGAUACUCUCGGUCGACGGUGGUCAUUCGUGUGGACCGGAAUCUUCAUGUGGUUCUGCAUGUUCUACCUCGGUUUCUAUGUCCGUUUCGACCCACCCAAGAAAGGUGCUCCUAUCUCUGGUGCUGGCUACGCUGCGCUUGUGUUCGUGUAUCUCUUUGCCGCUGGCUUCCAGUUCGGGUGGGGACCAUGUUGCUGGAUCUAUGCCUCCGAGAUCUCGACACAGCGGCUAAGAGGCCUGACUGUCUCCUAUGCGGCGUGCACCCAGUGGAUAUUCAAUUUGGUCGUCGCCAGAGCCACACCAGUCAUGCUUGAUACAGUGGGAGCUAAUGGGUACGGCACGUACUUCAUCUAUGGAUGCUUCUGUUUCACCGUUGGAGUGGGAGCAUUCUUCCUUAUCCCAGAAACCAAAGGGGUCUCCCUUGAGAGAAUGGACGAGUUGUUCGGUGAAACAGAUUUCAGUGGUAUUGAGGACGUUGGCCUUGCAGCUCAACAUGCAAAAGGUGACAUUGAGACCGUUCACGUCGAGAAUGAGCAACCAAACCAUGAAGUGAAGUGAGCAUCGGGAACAAACAGGACCACGACCUGGAGGAACAGUGCAUCUGGAUGACAGAAGGAAGGCCAAGUACGGAACAGAUUGCAGCAUUUACGCGACCAGGAAGAAAUCGCAGAGCGAGUGUUGAUUCACUGAGAUCUAGGAGUAUAUAGUAGAUGACAACAAGAUGCGAAGUGGUGGUAAUGACAGGACUGUUCAAUACCCCUGACGAG